GGCAACGACACGCACACAUAUACACUCUGAAACACACAUGAAGCAUGAUUUUAAACUGCUGACAGACAGCCACCACACAAACACACAGACACACACCUCAGCACACACUCCACGGAGAGGGACACUCGCUGCUGCUAAUCACUGGUGGGAUGGAGGGAGGCUAACCGUGUGGAAAUUUUCUAUCUUUUAUGUUGUUGUUUUUUUCUUAUUUUACAGCUGCUUGUGGAAUAAUGAUCAAAUGUUCUUGAUGGGACUGGCUGGCGUGGGAAAGGGGAAGAGGAAGCAGUCCAGAAAAUGCACUGUGGAGAUCCCAUCAUCAACUGACAGCAGCCUGAAAGUGAAGUAAACUUGUUUAUUUCGCAGGCGCUCAGUGCUGACGGCAGCUGUAUACAACAGUUAUCAACAUCACCGCCACGGCCAUGCCUCGUUUAGGAGAUCCACAACACCGUUAGUUCUUACUGCCACCCCAUCACCUGGGCCCUCGCACGCCCUCAUGACUCCAGGCCGUCUGGCUCACAGCUACCCCGUCAACUUCUACUGCUGUCGGAAACAUCGAGGCACAUCCAGGCGCUGCCAACCUGGGACACCCCAGGGUCACCUUUGCCCUUGAUGCAUGGAUCCCGACAGGACUGGGGGCGGAGGAAUGAGGAGGAACAUGCUCCUCUGGUGGAUCUUAUUGCUUUUCUCCCAAGGAUUUGUAUUUCGCAACGUCCAAGGGGAACUUCCUUUUAUCUCGGGGAACAAUGCUGCCAUGCUGGUCAACUGGAAUGCUGUUGACGGAAACAAGAAGUUGUUCGCAAUCUAUGACACAAGCGUCAAUGAACCGGGCAACAUGUCUUUCGUGAAGGAGACGGUGGAUAAACUACUGAAGGGAUAUGAUAUCCGACUGAGGCCGGACUUUGGAGGGGCCCCUGUUGCAGUCGGGAUGAGCAUAGACGUGGCCAGCAUAGACAUGGUGUCAGAAGUCAACAUGGACUACACAUUGACCAUGUAUUUCCAACAGUACUGGCGGGACAAGCGUCUAGCCUACAUAGGAAUCCCCCUCAACUUGACCCUGGAUAACAGGGUUGCUGACCAGCUCUGGGUCCCUGACACCUACUUCCUCAACGACAAAAAGUCUUUCGUCCACGGAGUCACCGUCAAAAACCGCAUGAUCCGCCUGCAUCCAGAUGGAACCGUUCUUUACGGCCUCAGGAUAACUACAACAGCAGCGUGUAUGAUGGAUCUUAGGAGGUAUCCCCUGGAUGAACAGAACUGCACUCUGGAGAUAGAGAGCUAUGGCUACACCACAGACGACAUCGAGUUUUACUGGAAAGGAGGCGACACGGCUGUAACGGGGGUGACGCGGAUCGAGUUGCCUCAGUUCUCCAUUGUCGAUUACAAGCUGGUGUCCAGAAACGUAGUCUUUUCCACAGGUGCCUACCCUCGACUGUCUCUGAGCUUCAAGCUAAAGAGGAACAUCGGCUACUUCAUCCUGCAGACGUACAUGCCAUCGAUCCUGAUUACCAUCCUCUCCUGGGUCUCCUUCUGGAUAAAUUAUGACGCGUCAGCAGCCAGAGUGGCUCUAGGGAUCACCACGGUGCUGACAAUGACCACUAUCAACACCCACUUGAGAGAGACGCUGCCCAAGAUCCCCUACGUCAAGGCCAUCGACAUGUACCUGAUGGGCUGCUUCGUCAUGGUCUUCCUGGCCCUGCUGGAGUACGCCUUCGUCAACUACAUCUUCUUUGGGAGGGGUCCCCAGAUGCAGAAGAAGCUAGCGGAGAAGGCAGAGAAAGCCAACAAUGAGAGGGCAGCCAAGUACGACGCAGCAAGGGAGGCAGGUAGUAGGACCGCAUCCCUAAAGCGGUCCAAUCAGGUUAAAGGUCUUCGCCACUCACGCUCGGCGGAACCGCACGGCCACGGAAACAUCCUGCUAACCACCCUGGAGAUCCAUAACGAGGUGGCGGGAGGCGAGAUCACCACUAGCUUGGCGGACAUUAGGAACUCUCAGUCCAUGGUGCAGUUGGACAGCACGGCUUCGUCGCACAUCCAGUACCGCAAGCAGAGCGGCGGGAUCGGCCCACGCUCCACCAGCAAGCACUCCCUGGACCGGGCCGCUCAGCUGAAACGCAGCCGUCUGCGGAGGCGGUCCUCGCAGCUCAAAAUCAAAAUCCCCGACCUGACGGAUGUGAAUGCCAUCGACCGCUGGUCACGGAUCAUAUUCCCUUCUGUUUUCUCACUGUUCAACCUCGUCUACUGGCUCUACUAUGUCUGAUUGGACUGUUUUGUUGAGAUGUUUGUUGUUGCUUGUUUGAUUUUUUUUCUUCAUUUUGUUUCUUUUUCUUCCUUUUUUCCUGUUGCUUUUAUACAUGAUCGAAUCUAUCGAAUUAAAGACUGCAACACUUCAAGACAAAAAAAUAACAGACUGAGAAAGGACCAAGUUCUUGUCAAAAUUGUUUUUAUAUUUGCAGUCUUUGAAUCCUUAGUACCAAGGUCUUUUUAUUUUCAAAAGUAUGUACUGUAAUUGGGACUUGUGACAGUCAUUUCCCAACAUUUGCCCUUUCAGUAAUGUGUAAAUAGAGAGAUACAAAGCCAGCAAUUGAAUAAAUAAUACAGAAUUAGCAAAAAACAAACACAAUAGCAGUUAACGCAAUGAUUUUUCUAAUAAAAAAACAACUUUAUACUACACAGGUGGUCAGAUAAAUGCAGGCAAUUCCUAAAAGUCCAUUAAACAAACUAAUGUAUGUUUGACUGGUACCAUAUGCACUAUUAAUGCAUGGAAUGAUCAACCAUAGUGAAGAAAUUACUCCUUUUUUGCCUUGGAUUAUGUCAAAACUUUACAGAAGACUCUGUUGAUGAGUAUUUGUUUAUAGCGUUAAUAAUAUACAGAAUACUUGCUAUUAACCAUGUCAUUUGUUGAUCUGGUAAAACUUUACCCAAAAAUAAUAAUUUAAAGUUGAGGAUUUUAUCCUCUGUUCAGGAUGAUUGUGACUCAGGUUCUGAAUAUUUUGCUAUUUGACAUCUUUUUCUCGACAAAGAAAAGUGUCAUUGAUCCUUUUUGGUAACUUGAUAAGGAAAAGAAAGCACAAAUAUACGAAUAAAACUGCCAUUUUUUCACUUCUACCUUCUGGUAACAGCGCUUCAAGUGAUAGCAUGACAGAAUUGCACUCAAAUUUAUCAAACUUCUUCUAAAAAAUGGUCUUACUUUCAUUUAAAAUAACUGCCAAGGGCCUUUUGGGCGACACGGUUACUUAACCCAUGAAAUAUUAUGAUAUUUUUGUACUCUGUGUCUUCAGGUAUUCCUUUGACUUUCCUAAUCUGUCUUUUUUUUUUGCUCAACACUAACUGUGUUAUGGUAAGGAAUGAAAUCAUUUUUUUGUAUAUAAGUACAUAUGUGUGUAUAUACAUAAAUGUAUAUAUAUAUAUAUACUGUGUGUACAACCCAAAAUGGAAUUGAUCUGAGCAUUUUGUGAUUGUCAUACUGGCUAUUAAAUGUCAGAAUAUUUAGUGCAAAAAAGACACAAAAAAGACAAGGAUUAAACAAAUUAACCAACAGGUCAGUUUCAAGCAUCAGUUUAGUUUUUUGUGGGGCACUCUGAAUAUCUUCUCAAACAUCCGUCCAUGUUCAAGACCACACUAGACACUGUAUGUAUAUUCAUCCUGCAUUUUAGAGUUACUGUAUGCCCCGCCAUACAGCAGCAGAUGCAAAUGGAUUUCAUUGAUUCCGCAGACGGACCACAAUAACCGGUCUGUCGACUAAUAAGCACAUGCUAGCGCUGAAUGUAAUGACUGUAUGCAUUCUUCAGGGAGAGGAUAAUGAGCCAUGGUCAUCAUUUCUCCAUCAGAAUGUAACACGCCCAUUCUUACAAGUGACGAAGAAAGAGAGGGAAGAAAUAGUGUUUUAAGAGUGUGUGCGUGUGUGUGUGUGUGUGUGUGUGUGUGUGUGUGUGUGUGUGUGUGUGUAUGUGAGAGAUGGGAAAUGGAUAAGGAGAGCUUAAGAUAGGAAGGGCGUGGGUAGACCAUUUAUUUUCUGUGCUGCUUGCUCGACUAUGGGCAAAUGUCAACGUAUAAUAGUUUUGUGGAUAAAAAUAGCUCUCCUGUCCCACUCUUUUGAUGAACUGUGUGCCAUUCCACCUAAGGUCGCAGAGCAAUCAAACAGUUACAACUCAUGGACGAUGAUGUAAAUCUGUCAUUGAUACAUUACAUACAUACAUCGUUUGUGCAUGUACGAGAAUACAUGUAGAGUAAAAAAAAAAAUGCUACUUGACAACAUUGGGAUCAAUUUAACUAAAAAAAUGUUAAGUUUUAUGUGUACAGAUUGAUUGAUAUAUGACUAAGAACUGAAUGUAUUGUACUUGGAUUGUUCCUGCAUAAAUGCAAUUUUCUUUCUGGAAACAGGAUUGACCUCAACUCUGAUUAAUUAGGGCUCUCAUUGAUUCCACAUUCAAGUGACCCCAAGUUUCUUGCUGGUUUCUUGACCUGUUUUCUACUGUGUAGACGGGGCACAGUGCACAUAUGACCUGGGUCCAAGAAAUAAUAUAUAUAAUAAGACAAAACAUCCUGCUAAAGGUGUGUUCAGAAAGAUUUCCAAGUGAGUUUUCACCUUGUGUCAUUCGUACAAAUUUGUGUUAAUUCGCCCCAAACAGCCAAUGUUCCAACUGUACGUUAGCUGUAAGCUAGCUAGCAAUGGACACACUGAAACUUCUGUCUGGUAUAUCCCUCUAGUCUCUGUAUGUUUAUAAAACAGAUUCAUAAAGCCAUAGAAUCCGUGCAGUUUUUUCAGAAGUUGAAACAUUUUUGAUCUGUAUGGAUACGUUUUUGUGUCAAAUUGUGUCUUUCUGUAGACUAUGUAUGCAACCGCACCGCCACUAAAACUUGUUUGGCGUUCUGUCUGAACACAGAGUAAGAGAGGAUGUCUUGACAGAGCUUUGUUUCCUGAUCUCAUGCAUCCAUGGUUGUUAAGGCACGGAACCAGUUUGUCCAAAGAUGAUCAAGCUGCUUUGUGUUGGUUGAAGGAGGAAAUUUGUACGAAUAAGACAGAUUUCUGGAACACUGAAGCUAGAAAAUGUUUUACUUCCUUGCUUACUGUUUCACUUUGAUUAAAACGAUUGCUUACGGGUCAGGAUUUUGCAGUUGGUCAUUUGUGCAUUAUUUUAAUUACCAAACUACAGUAUAUAGUGCAGUUGAAAAGUGAGAUGCGGUAACUCUCGAUACUCGUUUAUCAUGCAUGCAACUACAAUUCAUAACUUGGACUUAAAAAAAAAAAAAGAUAUUUUGCAAACUCACUCAUGAGAUCUGCUCAUUUUAGAAAUGAAAAUAUGCCAUGUGAGCCUACAAUAAAAAAAAAGUAACAAAAAUAAGGAGUCAAAGACUUCAGGUGUUGUAUGGCCUUGGUCCCAUAAUGGAAUGUGAAAUGUUCUGUGCUGCCACAAAUUGUAUUUAGGCUUAGAUUUAUACUGUAUAUCUCUGUAUGUUUCUCUUCCUUUUUCAAUAGAUUAUCAUGUUAAACCAUCAAAUAAAUGAUAUACAUUGUA